GGGGCCAGGAAGCAGGGGCCAGGCAGUCUGGCGCAGCGGCUCCAGAUCUGGGCGUCCGAAUGCCAAGCGACCGGAGAGAGCACCGCGGACAGCUGGGCCUGCCGGUGAGUGCGGGACUCCGGCUUGUGCGCAGGCGCCGGGCUGGGUCCCUGCCGCCCGAGCGACCCAUUGCUUGGCGCCUCGCGAGCGCCUCUAGUUUGCGAAGCCCCUUCCUCCGCACGCGCCGACCUCUGAGUCCCCGGCCUGGUGCAGAGGAGCUGCAGACUUGGGGAUCACGGCUGGAGGUUCUGGAGCCAGAAAGGGGAGGCUUCAGCCCUCGGCGGGGGAAGAAUUGCAGCCUUCGGCUGCCGCAGCCUCGGACCUGAGUUGCCCGAGCCAAUGCGGGUCCCGGCAGGGAGGGGGCGGGGCUGACGCAAGCAUCUCCGCGCUCAGUUUUCUGGACUUGCUGCAAGGCGGGCAGGUGCAGCCGCCAAAGACCUCUCCCUAACUCGGUGCGGUGCACCUUGCGACGCCUCCCUCCUCAGCCCCAUUCUCCGGUCUCAUUGCUGCCCCGGGAUCCAGCUGCCACUUGCCUGGCGAUGCUCUCACACUUUGGACUCUUCUGGCAUUACUGAGCUGACGCUUUGGGACAUCAGAUUCAGGUCGUAUGGGGAGAGAAGCGUGUGACUUUGCAAGGUGUGAUGUGGAAACCCUGGCCUGUCACCCAUCUCCGCUUGACCAAAGGCCAGUAGGGUGGUGCAGGAAGAAUGGUAUCAAAAUGAGAAAACAUCAACCCGUGCUUUGAAUGUGGCAAGAAGAGAAUAAGUGUUGUCAUGAUUGCUUGAAUUCAGGACUUUACACUGGAAGGAAAGUUAGAUGUAAGCUCAAUCCCUUAGUUCUAAUAAGCACCUCUUCUUGGGAACUGGAAAUUAAAAAAAAAGGAGUCCUUUGAAGAAAAAUGUGCUGCUUAAAUCAACCCCAGCCUCUCCUCCAUACAAAGAACUCUUAAUGAUACUAGCAGAAAAGAAACAAAUUCAGCUUAAAGCUCAUCUGCAGAUCAGAAGAACGAAGACAUGGAGUUUUGAGGAGUGAAGGUAGCAUGGCGUCGGCCAUGGGUGAUCAAGACACAGCCAGACAAUGUGGAUCAGUUCCUUCAAACUACGGCUUUUCUGCUGUCUGCUUGCAGUGCUGAUGGUGGUGGUGCUGGUCAUCAAUGUGACUCAGGUAGAGUACUUGGACCAUGAGACUGUUUCAGCCACGUUCAUCGAUAGCAGUGGACAGUUUGUUUCCUCCCAGGUGACAGGAGUUAGCCGGAAUCCUUACUGUGGCUAUGAGCACCAGACCCUGUCCAGCCGAGAGCGCACGGAGGAGGACUCCUUGCUGGCCGCCUUGCAGUGGCAGGUGCCUGAUGUGGGUCCCGUCCCCUUUCUGAAGAGCACUGACCCUUCUUCCAGCUACUUCGUUAUCUUGAACUCUGCAGCCUUCUUCAAGGUGGGAAGCCAACUAGAAGUGCUGGUUCAUGUACAGGAUUUUCAAAGAAAGCCCAAGAAAUAUGGUGGAGACUACCUGCAGGCCAGAAUCCACUCCCCAAAGCUGCAGGCAGGGGCUGUGGGCAGAGUGGUAGACUACCAGAAUGGGUUUUACAAGGUCUUUUUUACUUUGCUCUGGCCAGGCAGAGUUAAAGUGUCCAUAUCUCUCGUCCACCCCACCGAAGGGAUCAGAGUUCUUCAGCACCUGCAAGAAGAGAAACCACACAGGGUCUAUUUCAAGAGUCUCUUCCGUUCAGGAAGAAUUUCUGAAACCACGGAGUGUAAUGUGUGUCUUCCUGGCAGUCUGCCCCUGUGUAACUUUACAGAUCUCUACACUGGAGAACCCUGGUUCUGCUUCAAACCAAAGAAGCUCCCUUGCAGUAGCAGAAUUAACCAUUUCAAAGGUGGAUACCUGAAGGGCCUUCUAACUGCUGCAGAGAAUGCUUUCUUCCAGAGUGGUAUCAAUAUCAAAAUGCCAAUCAACUCCAGUGGACCUGAUUGGGUGACUGUGAUUCCCAGGAGAAUAAAAGAAACGAACAAUCUAGAACUAUCUCAAGGCUCAGGAACUUUUCCUUCUGGGUAUUAUUACAAAGACCAGUGGAGGCCCAGAAAGUUUAAGAUGCGCCAGUUUAAUGACCCUGACAAUAUCACAGAAUGCUUGCAAAGAAAAGUGGUGUAUUUAUUUGGUGACUCAACAAUCAGGCAGUGGUUUGAGUACCUUACUACGUUUGUUCCAGAUUUAGUGGAGUUUAACUUGGGUAGUCCCAAGAAUGUGGGUCCUUUCCUUGCGGUGGACCAGAAGCACAACAUCCUGCUCAAAUAUCGCUGCCAUGGUCCACCCAUCCGUUUUACAACUGUCUUUAGCAAUGAGCUCCAUUAUGUGGCAAAUGAGCUGAAUGGCAUCGUGGGCGGGAAGAACACCGUGGUUGCCAUAGCUGUAUGGUCUCAUUUUAGCACCUUCCCCUUGGAAGUGUACAUCCGGCGGCUCAGGAAUAUCCGUCGAGCAGUGGUCCAGCUCCUGGAUCGAAGUCCUAAGACCGUGGUAGUCAUCCGAACAGCCAAUGCCCAAGAGCUGGGGCCUGAAGUGAGCCUUUUCAACAGUGACUGGUACAACUUUCAGCUGGACACCAUCCUUCGGAAGAUGUUCUCAGGGGUUGGAGUGUAUCUCGUUGAUGCCUGGGAGAUGACCCUGGCUCAUUAUUUACCCCACAAGCUACAUCCAGAUGAAGUUAUUGUGAAGAACCAACUGGACAUGUUCUUGUCCUUUGUGUGCCCCUUGGAGACCUAGCCUGCCCUGGAGGGGACUGGAGGAAUCAUAUUACCUGCAGUACAGGAAGUUUAUGGCUGGCCCCAUGGAGAGAUGGCUGCUAUUGACAUGUACACAAUUUCAAAAGAAACUGGACUUUAUAUAAGACUUAUAAGGAGCUUAGAAAAUGCAGGUUGCAUUUAUGUCUACCUACAGCAUUUUUUCCAAUCUUUACAUAGCCAUGGGAGAACCAUUAUUAACAACAUCUAUGCACUGUAUUGCCCUUGUAACCAAAGAUGCUAGUGAGUGUGUUUGAAUUAGCCUCUCCUGAGAGGGGAGAUUACGAUGCUAAAAAACUGUGAAAAAUGUUCUGACCUAAGUGGUUGGUAGUGGAGUGUUUGUAGCUUAUCUGGUAAAGGAGAUUGAGCUUAUCUGUAUGAAUAACACGGUUGGUCCAUCUUCGGUGGGAUGAACUGAUAAGGCUUCUAGUCAGUGGCUCCUGUAAUAUGCUGCGGACUGCUGUGUCUCAGGAGUUUCUUUCAAUGAUCCACCUUUUCUGAAUUGCUUGAAAAGGCCAGUAUCCUUGGUCAGAACUUUCUAGUGAGAAUAUUUACAAUACCCCGCUUUUAUCUAGAAAAGAAGCAAAAGAAAAAUAUGAAAGCAGUACACAAAAUCUGUGUGUUGAAUUGAUACUUGCACUGGGGGAUUGUUACUUAUUUCAGCUAAAUUUUACAUGAUGAAUACUUUAAUCACUUUUGGAACUGGAAGGGGGAAUCUAUAAAUGGAAAUUUAUUUUUGUGUUUUGAAGUUUGAGGGUUUUAAGAACUGAAUUUUGUGUAAAGAAUGCUGUUGUUUAUUAUAAAGUUGUAGAAGUUACUUCCAU